AUGCUUCCCGCCGACGCUAUUUCUGCCAGGAUAUCGGACGUGAAGUCUCAAUCCAAAAAGCGUGACAACAAGUCAGAGCAGGGAUCUACCAUGCGUAGUCAAGCUCAAUCUUCCCAUAUUCAGGAACCUCGCAACCACAACAGCAGUCUCAUACCCUCUCCCCUUCUUCGCCUCCCAGCCGAGCUCAGGAUCGCUAUCUACGACUAUGUGUUCGGAGACAUCUUCUACCACUUAAAUGUACACCGCGGCCCUGUCAAGACUUAUUCAUCGUUCAACGCAUGCAACCUGGGUCUCAUAGCUGCCUCUCGCCAACUCCACUCGGAAACACGAUUGCUACCCUACAAAUUAGGCAUAUUCACCUUCCAUGUUGCUAUCCCGGAUCGCUCAGAAGACUAUCAGGAACAGAAGGUCGCUAUCAGCAACAACAUGCAGGUUUACACAAACGGUGUCAAAUACAACCCAUGGACGGUGCUUUAUGGAAUCGCAGUAUGGACACAGGACGAUUGGGAGGUGGCUACAUCAGAGCAGCUGGAGGUGCAGUGGCUAGAUCAAGAGCUCUGGUAG